AUGCAUGGUUCAACAGCUCUGGUUAAUUACAAUGGGAAACUGGGUUUGCUUACGUCUGGAGAUUCUCCUGGUGUUAAUAUUAGUCGAGCAAGUGAAAGUUUUGAGCUGUGGGUUCUACAAGACGCUGAAUGGUCCAAGCAUGUAUAUGUAUUACCUCCUUCGUGGAAGGAUGUAGUUACGGAAACCAUGCGCAUUGCUGGAAUAAUAGUUGGUACAAAUGAAAUCGUCUUGGUACCUGGGCUCCAAAACGUGCCUUCCUAUGUCCUCUUCUUUAAUGUGGAGAGAAAUACAAUAACAAAAGUUAGAAUCCAAGGAAUGGAAGCGUUUCAGGGUAAGAGAUUCAACACCUAUCUCAAGUAUGUUGAGAAUGUGAAGCUUCUUUAA